AUGCCGCCAAAAAAUCAGCCUCCAAAAAAUAAAAAGGCAGAUGAGAAAAAGAAACAAGAAGCAUUAAAGGAUCGUACAUUUGGAUUAAAGAAUAAAAAAUUGAGGGCACAAAUUGAAAAGAAUAUACUUGGUGGUUCUUCAACACAACAUCAACAAAAAAAGAAAAAUGAAGAUGAUGACUUAAAAGAUAUGAGCAAAAUUUUCAAGCCAGUCGCAAAAACUUCAACACAACAAAAUGUAAGCGCCGAUGUUGAUCCAAAAUCGGUUCUUUGUGUUUUCUUCAAGCAAGGAAUGUGCACUAAAGGAAAUAAAUGCAAAUUCAGUCACGAUUUGUCAAUUCAACAAAAAACUGCAAAAAAGAAUUUGUAUGUAGACAGUCGAUCAUUACCGAAUGAAGAGGAAACCAAUGAAAAUUGGGACGAGAAGACUCUUGAAGAUGUUGCUGAAAAGAAACAUGGGGAAAAGGACAGAAAAAGGCCAAACCAAACAGAUAUUGUGUGUAAAUAUUUUUUGGAAGCUGUGGAGAAUUCUAAAUAUGGAUGGCAUGCCCUUCCAAAAGGUUAUGUACUCAAAAAAGAUAGGAAAAAGAUGGAAGAACAGACAAGACUUUCGAAAAUUUCCUUGGAGGAAUUCAUUGAAAAAGAGACUGGUCUUUCUGGCAAAGAUUUGUUUACAUUCAAUCCUGAUUUCAUUGCUGAAAUUGAAGAAAAUUUGGGCCGUGAGGAAAGUGUGGAAGAUGGAAGUGUUGCUCAAUAUGAACGUGAACCAAGCGAGGAUGGAGAGAUUGAUCAAAUUAAAGCGUUCGAAAUUGGUGAUAAUACUUUUCAAGCAGUAGAUGCUUUUGGACAUAUUAUUGAAAUGGAUGAUGAAAAAGAUGAAAGUGGACCUUCUAAAGUUAUUGUUUUUGACAAGGAACUAUUUAAUGAUGAACAAUUGCCGUGUAGUGAUUCUUCUGAUGAUGAGGAAGAAGAAAAUAAAAGGAAUGGAAUAAAUAAAAAUGAUGAAGAACAAACUUUAAGUGAAAGGCUCAAUAAAGUUUAAAUUUUCUAUUCAUGUUUUUUGUGUUUAAAAAAUGUUGACCUUUUUGUCUUUUCUAUUAUGCAAUAGUUGCUAUCUAGCAAUAUAUUUAAUUAUUUUUAUAUUUUAUUUUACAACGUGGCUUUUAAAAAUGAAGUCCACUUUGUUUUUAUAAUUUUAAACAUUGUGCGACAACUUUUAAAGUUUGGUGUUUCCACAAGUUGAGUUGCCAAAAUGGACUGGCUCUUACCGAAAGAUUAAGUUUGGCUAGGAUAUUUGGCCCGUAAAAGACUCGUUCCAUUAAAAGCAAGCCCGGAAGAAUGCCUCGACUGACUGCCCGACUCGAAAACGGCAACCCUACCUGCA